AUGGCGCCUAGAUGGCCGCAGGUUGACAUUGGCCCGGAACACAUCAAUGAGCACGCUACAUACCUUAAGGAAGCAUGCAAUCAACUGCAGGCAGUGGACAGAGGAAAACAGAAUCAAGUGCCAUGGAAAACAGUGCAGCAAUACCUGGCAUCAACCGUCGCACUCAUUGGCAAGGUCCUACGUCAACCUGUGAUGGGGGACAUCCUCCAGCAGGUUCAGGACGCAGCCAAGUGCACACAGAACAUGCAGAAGGACAUUACAAUCAUCAAGAACUCCGUAGGCCUAAGCACGACCCCACUAAAUACGGCUAACUUCACGGGAGGGCGCAGUGCAAAUGCUUCCUGGGCACAGGUAGCAGCUCAGGCCAAGCGCUCUGCUCCUCCCCCCCAAAUGCCGCAAGGCAAUACCGCAACUAAGACACCGUCUACAGUAACAGCAUACAAGGACCGAGUAGUCACAGUAAAGCUUAAAGACCACGUCAUCUCACAACGAUACAGAACGCACUCGGCGGCUUGGAUCAGACAACAAGUAGAGGCUGCUAUUCAUGGCGAUGUAGCCACUAAGGCGAUCAAACUGGUUGCGGCACAUCAACUUAAAAGCGGUGACAUCCAGAUAUUCACGAGUACAACAGCCGAGGCACUACAACUGAAGGAAAAUAAAAGAUGGGUUCAAGGCCUUGGGGAAAAUGCAGAACUCAUCGUGCCUACCUUCGGAGUGAUUGCCCAUGGCAUCCCUACCAGCACUAUCAACCUUAAAGACCAGAAGGCAACUAUUCAGCAGAUGCUCGCGGACAAUUACACAGUGAUUCCUAACGCACAGAUCUCCUACAUAGGAUGGUUGACCAAGGAAUCGACCCUUAAACGAGCAUCAUCCAUAGUUGUUGAAUUCACAGAACCGGAGAUGGCAAACGCUAUUAUUUAUGCCGGAAUGGCAUGGGAAGGCCACAUACACCAAUGUCAACUGUACGACCGCGCCUGUAGAAUAAAGCAAUGCUUCCGCUGCUACAAUUACGGUCACAUCGGCACUCAAUGUAACGCAUCCCAAGUGUGCGGCUAUUGUGCAGAGCAACAUGAGAGCAAACACUGCCAGCAGAAAGGGGUGGAAGGAUUCACUCCUCGAUGCGCAGUUUGCAAAGGUGCUCACACCGCAUGGAGCAAUGCCUGCCCGGAGAGAAGGAAGGAAAUGCGAAGGGUCGAACAAGCCAAGGAGAUCCGGAGUGUGUACUGGCAUGUUCCUCUGCGGGAGAAGACUGCGAAACCAGAAACAUAUAGACCACGCAACAUGGAAGCCCGCCAGGACGAUCGAAACCAACGACCGGAUCAAACCCAAAGGAUCAGGACCCAGGCUCCAACGGCAACACAGAUACUGGAGGAAGUUAUAAGUAAUACCGCACCAGGAUUACGAACAGCAGUGGCUCCAUCGCAAGCAGGUCCCUCAGGGAACGCUCAGGUACCCCGAGAGGCAUCGGCACCACGAACACCCGUUGCUGACUCCAUUGAGGAGGCUUGGGAAACACCAGCAACGCAACAGGAGUCCACCCAACGGCCCGACCCAAUUAUUAACUUGGUUGAUCCACAAAUCAUGGCAACAGACGUCUCCCUCUCCGCUGCCGGAGCUGAGAACAGCCAUCUCAACCCUCCGUGUACCCUUUGGAUGGCCUCGAGGAAGCUGCUUUGCAAGACGCAGAUACAUGGCUGCAAAACAUGA